AUGGCAGCUCACAUGAGAAUCCCCACCGACACCCAGCCAAUCAAGGCGCAGGCUGACCUGCAGCGCCAUAGCCUCACCUACCUGACGUCCAUGUCACUCAGGUGCGCCAUCGAACUCGGCAUCCCGACGAUGAUCCAGCGCCUUGGCGACACCGCGUCGUUGCCCGACCUGAUGGCCGCUCUGUCCCUUCCACCACCCAAGGCGCCGUUUCUCAGCUGCGUCCUGUAG